AUGGACAACAACGUCACUGAAUUUGUUCUCAUGGGAUUUUCCCCAAACCUGGAGGUACAAACACUGUGCUCCAUCCUGUUCUUAACAUGUUACCUUAUAGUCUUCUUGGGAAAUCUUCUCAUUUUCAUCACCAUCAGAUGUAGCCACCUGAUCGACCAGCCUAUGUAUUUCUUUCUCAGUCUGUUGUCUGCCAUGGAUCUCUGUUAUACCUCCACUGUUGUUCCCCAGAUGAUCCGAAACCUACUUGGUGGGAGCAAAACAAUUUCUUUUUCCAACUGUAUGGCUCAACUCUUUGCUGUGCAUUUCUUCGGCGGGGUUGAGAUCUUCAUUCUCGUGGGAAUGGCUUUCGACCGUUACGUGGCGAUCUGCAGACCCCUACGCUACAUGGCAAUCAUGAACAAGCUGACAUGCCACCUAUUAAUCCUGGCUGCCUGUGGGUUAGCCCUUCUGCAUUCAUUUGCCCAAACUCUCAUGGUAGCCAACUUAUCUUUCUGUGACCUCAAUCAGGUAGAUCAUUUUUUCUGUGAUGUCAAGCCCCUUCUGAAACUGGUCUGUACUGACACCCAUACUAUCAACAUUUUAGUGGUUGCCAAUUCAGGGAUGGUUUCUUUGGUAACUUUCUUCAUCUUGGUGAUUUCUUAUGCUGUCAUACUAUAUAACCUAAGAACAUAUUCGGCUUCAGAUCGUUACAGAGCCCUUUCCACGUGCAGCUCCCACAUCACUGUUGUGGUUAUAUUUUUUGUCCCUUGUAUUUUCACCUACACUCUUCCUCCUAACGCCAUCAAUGAGGAUCAAGUGUUUGCUGUGCUUUACACUGUACUUGCUCCCAUGCUGAAUCCAUUCAUCUACACCUUGAGAAAUCUGGAAAUGAAGACUGCCAUAAGGAAAGUAUGGUACAAGAAAGCAUUCUUAAGAAAAAAACAGAACCAGUAA